UGUACAGGUUGGAGGCAAGGCAACCCUACAUAUCCGGCCUAGCAGGUUGCACGGUCCUUGCUCCUUGACCAACCAGCGCACGCGCAGUCCGCCGCGCGACAGGUGAGACGUCGCACGUUUCGCGCGUAAAUUCAAAUUUCGAAUUUGGAAUCGCGGCUGUACUUUUACUUUCUUCGCAUUGCGUCACAGAUUUUGUAAUCAUUAUUGUGUCGGUACUAUGUGAGUGGAAUCUUAUUGAGGUUGUAUUUUUUUUUUUUGUUUUGUUUUGUGCUGUGUACGAUGGAAUGAUUCGUGAAAGCAAUAAAAGCAAGCCUAAAAUAUGUCGCAGACAACUGAUGACGGUGGCGGUUGCGUCAACAAAGCGUUCGACGGCAUCGACGACGGUUUCCAAACCAUAGACUUGAGGAGCAGCCGCCGUGAUGACCACCACAAUGGACACAAGACGUUGCAGCCUGAAGCAGAACCGGAGGGGGCAUCCGCCGGUGUGGUGCACCAGGAUGAGGACAUGCUGCGGUGUGGAUGGGGCAAGCUCCGACCCUCGUGGCUGCAGAGGUUCCGUACGGCCAAGUGGGCCCUUUUCUGGCUUUGCUGGGCUGGGGCUAUACAGGGUAUGGUGGUGAACGGAUUCGUGAACGUGGUCAUCACAACUAUCGAGAAGAGGUUCGGGUUGCGGUCCAUGCAGACCGGCGUCAUCGCUGGAGGCUACGACAUGGCGUCCUUCGCGUGCCUGGCCCCAGUGACAUAUUUGGGUGGAAGGAGCGGCUCCUCGAAGCCCCGCUGGCUCGGCUGGGGCGUGCUCCUCAUGGGGACAGGAUCUCUACUCUUCGCACUACCACACUUCCUCGUCUCACCAUACAGGGUCGCUGGGGAGGAACCGGACGAUCUGUGCUCUUUUAACAGAACCGCGUCAACACGAUGUGAAGGAAACGAGCCGUCCGAGGGCGGCUCCUGGGCAGUGGCGGUGUUCGUGUUCGCGCAGCUGCUGCACGGCGCCGGCGCCACGCCGCUGUUCACGCUUGGCGUCACGUACAUCGACGAGAACGUCUCCAAGAAGAUGUCCUCUGUCUACUUGGGCGUGUACUACACGAUGGCGGUAGUAGGACCGGCAGUGGGCUACGUACUCGGCGGGCAGAUACUCAACGUGUACACGGACUUCCUCACUGUCGACUCGGAGGCUAUGGGCAUAACUCCGCUGAGCUCGGUAUGGAUCGGCGCCUGGUGGAUAGGCUUCAUAUUCUCCGCGGUGCUGUGUCUCAUCGUGGCGAUACCACUGCUCGCGUUCCCACACGAGUUACCAGGCGCAGAAGAAAUUCGCGCGUCAAAAGUAUCAGAAGCUCACGAAGGUGCAGCAACCAAGUCAGCGGCGUUCAGCGCUUUACAUGAGCUGCCCCGUGCCGCUGCAGCUUUACUCCGGAAUCCUACGUUCUUGUUUCUCAACCUGGCCGGAGCCAGUGAGGGCAUGCUCAUAUCGGGAUUCGCUGCAUUUCUUCCAAAGCUUAUUGAGAAUCAGUUCGCAGUUAGUGCGUCAGAAGCGGCUUUACUUUUAGGUGUGAUCACAGUGCCGGCGGGCGGCGGAGGUACGUUCCUUGGGGGGUGGCUGGUGAAGCGAUGGCAACUGGCAUGCGCUGGCAUCAUCAAGCUGUGCGUGGCCGCCACCGUGGUGGCCGCGGUCUUUACCUUCAGCUUCGUGCUCACCUGCGAGGACUACCCUUUCGCUGGCGUCACUGUUACGUACAAUUCGCCACCUGUUCCUGGCGGAGGGCGGCUAAUUGCGGCAUGUAACGUGGGGUGCGGGUGCGAGGCGGCGCCGUUCGCGCCGGUGUGCGGCGCGGACGGCGCCGUAUACUACUCGGCGUGCCACGCCGGCUGCCGCGCGCGGUCGCUAGCCGGCGCGGCGCAGCUGUUCCACGAAUGCGCCUGCGUGGCGCCGUCAUCCGGCGGAGCGUUGCCCACCUACAGACUCGGCGACGCACCGAACGACACAAUAUCGUACGAGGCGAUCAACAGCAUAUGCAGCACGGGCUGCCCGUAUCUCUGGCUGUUCGUGUUCCUCUCGUUUCUUGUGAUGCUGUUUACAUUCCUCGCUACGAUGCCAGCACUUACCGCCACCUUAAGAUGCGUUCGCGAGGACCAGCGCUCGUUCGCGCUGGGCAUUCAGUGGAUAAAAGUGCGACUACUGGGCACCAUUCCGGCUCCAUUGCUGUUCGGCUUUCUCAUUGACCUAUCAUGUUCGCUGUGGGCGAAGACCUGUGAAACGACCGGCGCGUGCCAACUAUAUGACAACGUUAAUAUGAGCAGGUACAUGUUGGGGCUAGCCCUUGUGGGUAAACUUUGUUCGGUUCUGUUCUUCUUCCUCGCGUGGUGGUUUUACCGUCCGCCCGGCGGUAAGAACGGCAAUGCCGUCGUCCCCUCCGUGGAUCUUGUGGUAUGUGGUGAGAAGACCAACGGUAAUCUCGCGAAUGGAGCCCCCGGGAACGGCGCAAACGGUACGGUGGAAAGGCUCGGUAAUGGGUACUGCAAUGCGGCUUUAGAAUGCAGCGAACAUUUGUAGAUUUGGUAAUCCAGUACCAUUAGUGUUUGACCAUACCAGGACUUUGUCAAGAGUCCUAAGGUUUAGACAAUAAGACUGUAAAUAGUUAUUUUAAUGUUGUGAUGCUUAUACGUGAUGUUUUAUUAUACAUAUCUCGUGGCCAGAUCUUAGAAUUUAUCACUUCAUUAUCCGAUUUCGAGAAAAGGUCAUUAUCAUGGCCAGCUAAAGCUGACUAGAUCGUUUAAUCGUCAACGUUUGAUGACAUGUAAAUCUUAGUCUGGCCAUAUCAUUAACCUAGGGUUUCUAUGACAUUUGAGUGACUUUCGUAAAAAUCAAGUAACUUCAGUUAAUUUUAAACAUUCGCGUUGUUUACACAUAUUUUAAAUACAAAAUCGGGACUUAAAGCGAUGAAAACCCCUGUCGUGACCACGACGUGGUACAGUCCACGUCGAAACGUCAACAAUAAAGGAGCAGGUAUAAAAGUACUAUUUACCUGUAAAGCCUUUUACAUCGCUUUAAAUCCCGAUUGUGUAUUUAUAAUGUCAAGUAAUUUUAAGUUGCAUAACGACCUUUUACUUCAUUUUUAUUUUCAAUUGGCACAUUAUUAUCAGCGUUCUUAUCAGAACAAACCAAAUUUUUUUUUAAAUGGAUGAUUAUGGAAUGGUAACCCCACCCGCGCUAUCGGUAUACACCGGCGGGGCACCAGUGAAGGAUGAUAGGUGAUAAUGAAAUAGGUCAGUUAGCCCAUCGUGACGAAUUCAACAAGAAUUAUUCACGAUGGUUUCCGGGGGGAACCACGUAAUAAGGUAUAUUGCUAGCAAUGGGGCUGCCAAACUCCAUUGCUAACAAUCCUUUUCCCCCCGAAUAAACCAAUUUGAGGGUAUCUAAAGGUGGAUAAUGCAACUAUUUUAAUAUAUAAUCACUAAUAUUUGACCAUAUCAUGAAAUAGUCAUGGGUUUAAAUUUUUAUAUUAUCAAAUGUUGAUUAUUCAUUGACCUGGCCAGACCUUAUCAUGAUGUAGGCAGCGGUAAGAUCUAGUUACGACAUACAUAUGUAUAUUAUAAUAAUUAUUAACUGAUAGAUAAAGGGAUCGAUUCUGAACCACCAUUACGUAUCUCCGAAAUUAAUAAUUCAAUUUAAAAUUACAGCAAAAUGAUUGUUCUAACGACUAGUAUAGACUAAAUUGCGUAGAAAUACAUUAGAAUUUGCAGUUAAUUCUCGAUGGCCCGUACCAUAUUAAUUUUGCUAAAAAAACUGUCUACUUUUAAAGAUAAGUUUAGGAAAUGGUAAUUCAGAAAUGAUCCCAAUGUUUCUAUUCAUUUUUUUAUUUCAAUAUGAUAAUUUUAAUACUAAAUGGUAACACCAAAAUUUCCAUUCAAGUGGCAAUCUACUGGGGGUUUACCAUGAAAUUUAAUUUCGAUUUUUCGUGUUUUCGUUGAUGUCCAAAAUUGUCCCAGUAAAUGGAACUUACCAUUUAGUUCGUCAUGAAUCCAACCUUAAAAGUCCAAAGGAACGAUAUUUUAAUAGUUUUAAUAUUUUUUAAACAAUAUGUAAUUUUAACAUUAAACUUGUAUUUUGUUCAGCUCCGAAAUUUCGGAAAACAUUUCAUAGUAAGCCCUCUGAUCCGUUGUACGAAAUAUGUGAAUAAGCAAAAAAAAAAAAAAACAAAUGAAAGCGAACAAUUGUUUGCCCGUUACAAAUUCUGUGUAACUUUUUACAUAAUUAUAUUGCAAUAAAUUUUAUAUCUUUGUAUAUAAUUAUAAAUUAAUAUUCUAAUACAUAACUUAAAAGUUGUUGACGUCUACUUGCAUGUUAUUAUAUUAUUUCAAUGACUACAUGAAUUCAGUUGUAAAUUAUCUGUGAUGUUGUAGUUUGUAAAUAGUUAAGAUUGUUAUUAUUAUUAAUACUUGCACAUAAUUUAUUCAACGCCAUCUAUUGGCGCAUUUAUAUAUUAAAUAUUCAGUUGAUAAAUUAAUCAAUAUUUAUUUAAAAUCAAUUCACUAGCCACAAAACCAUGAACUGACAAUGGAAAGUAAUUAAAUUAUUUUUUUGGUUUAAAUUAGGAAUUGAGUCUUCCAAACUGAAUUAUGAAUUUAUCUUUUUAAUUGUAUGAUUCACAGGUUUCAAUAUCAAAAAUACUAGCUGUAACCCACGGUUUUGCUUGUUACGCACGUGUUAAUCUACGACAAGUAUAGUCUAUAUACUAAUCGUUCUGAUUCUAUGGGCCAUUUAAGCGUAAAUAAGUAACAAACAACCAAACACGUUUACCUAUGUACCUACCAAUUUUAAAUAUAAGUUUAUAAAGAAAUUUAGGUAUUUGUUAUUCGCUCAUAUUCAAUGUUUUGAAAUGAAAUUAUGUACAUUGGCUAAGUAGGUAUCAUCAUUAUUGCCUUACCUUUUCUUUUUUAUUUGUGAUCGGCACAGUAUGUCUUCUUUCUCUACAAAUCCUUAUCAGCUGUUAUUUCUGGACUCACUCCUUUUUAAUGCAUGUUAUCUUUCACAUCUACCUUUUCUUCGGUCGUCCUCUUCCUUUACAUCCAUUCACUUUCAUACUUAUUUUUUUUUAUACAACUUAGAAUGGCAAACAAGCUGAGGGCCCACCUGAUGGAAAGUGGUAACCGUCGCCUAUAUUACGCGAGGAAAACCGCGGUGUACAGGUAAUCUAUAGUUUUAACAGAAUUCUGAAACCUCAAAUCAACAGUAUGGUUUUACUAAGGGUGGGCAAUAUAUAGUAAUAUUUAUAUAUUGUAGUUACAAUAUCUAUACAUAUUGACCCAAUAACGUAUAUGACAGAGGGAUACUUUGGACAAAAGUCAAUUGCUUUGGUACCUCUGUCCCAUUCGUGUUUCAACCGUGAAGCAGUUUUGUCUGCAUGGCUGUGUUUCGGUUCGAAGGGUGGGAUAUGGCGUGAAUUUACUGGGUACAGAGGAAUAACACCUGAGUUCUCAGGAAUGGCAACGCAUGAAGGGUAUCAUGGGCAAAACAGUAUACUCUGUUAUGUCUAUGGUACCGCUCAUGUCUGUAGGCGACGGUUACCACUUUCCAUCAGGUGGACCGUCAGCUUGUUUGCCAUUCUAAGUUGUAUAAAUAAAAAAAUAUUAACUAUUGGUUAUCCAAUAUAUAUGUAGAUAUCCGAUAUAUUUCUCAUCUCUAGGUUUAACUUACCUUAUAGUUUGAAUCUUUGCCUUUAUUUCGUUAUUGUAUUGUUACAAAUAACAUAGACUGUUGUUUUUUAAUGAAAUCCACUUUGCAAUUGCACAAUAGCACAUAAAUUAUAAUCAUAUUUUAUAUUUAAAUUUGAGAUGUAAGUAGAUAUUUAAAUAUAAUUAAGGUAGACACGUUUAUACUAUGUACAUAGUUUUUAUCUUAUAUAUUUGUUGAGUUUUACAACGGGGCCGAUUUUGAGGCAUCAUUUCUAUUAUACCUUAACCUAAUAUUUUGAUAAUUUCGUGACGUAACUGUUUUACGGACAAUUAUAAACUAACCUUCACCAUAAGAACGAAAUAUAUUUUUCUCAAAUAUGCUUGGAAAUGUGAGCAUUAUUUUGACAAUUUUCUUCGAGAUAAAUCAAAAUUGCCGUACUGGCCAGAUACAUGCGGGCAGCGGCCGGCAAAAGUUGUAUGAAAAUCCAUAUCUGUCGUGUUUUGCGGCCAGAUCAAUUACUAUGUAAACUCAUAUCUGUCCUGUAAUUUAAAAAUGGAAUGAAAAACCUUUUACUUCGAAACAUGGCUACCAAGGAGGUAACUAAUAAAAGUUUUAUUUAAAGUUCGAACUGGCUUGCAAAUAGAAAGCUGUUUAUUGAAAAAAAAAAAACAAAGGAACAUUAUGGCGCGUGAAAAAUUAUUAUUGUUCGUUAUUCGUCAUUGAACUUAAAAAGUAAAGUUGUGUUUUUGAUUUCCGCGCAUUGUUUGAGAAAAGUACUAUACAAGCCUUGGCCACAACUAGGCAUUGAUGGACUCACGUAUGUGUGCCUUGGCAACGCCUCGGCCCACAUUUGCACGUUCAGUAAUGUAUUAUUAACUAUUAUUUUAUUAUACACUAUUUAGUCAUUUUCUCUCAAAUUGGGAAUUGAGUGUAAAAGAAAGAGACAAAACAAAUAGCUAAAAUAGGUUUUCAAGAGGUUUGACGUAUUUAUGGUUAUAAGGGAAUUAAUUAAUAAUAAAGGUAUUAGAAAAUUAGUUCUUAUUAGUUUUUUGAAUAAAGAUUUUGUGAGAAAGAGAAGUGAUGCCUCAGAAUUGAUCCCAAUAUCACUAGUUGUUGAAAACGUUUGGUUAAAGACUGAUUGUUUAAUAUUGACACUAAACGUAAGACUACAGUCAAGUGUAAAAAUAGUGGGACUCUAGUAUCUAGUACCUAUGAUACGAGUAUCAGUAAAAUUUUUGACAAAUUUAACAAUUGCGUACAUAUUACAAAAUAAUAUUUUUCAGACGUCGUCAAAAAGAACCUCGCUUAGGUUUUAAAUUUAGUUGUGUUAUUUCUAAUGGAGAAAUAGAUAUCAGUAAUUGUUCAAUUAAGAUUUUUAUGAAUCUAUUGACGGAUUCAUUCAGGAAACUAAAGUUACAGUAGUGAGUCUAUUAUAAAAUACCCACAUAAACUUUAGUUUUUAGCUUAUUUUGAAUUCAAAAUUUUUCUAAAAAAAUUCACUAACACAAUAACCAAUGUAAUGUGAUUAUUUUUUAAGAAAAUUCCUAAAUUCAGACAAAAAAUGGUAGGACUAAAGUACGGAGUCUAAACAAAUUUGGUUGGAAAUAUGGCAACCCUACCUACAGAGGUGCCAUAAUUGCAAAAUAUUUUCUUCUAUUUCCUACACGUGACUGUACCGAUAAAACAAUGGGUAGCGAAUGCAAGUACGAGGUCUGUCCGGAAAGUUCGUAUAAAAGUGUUCUGGAAUGCGAGAAAGAGGAGUGGGGAGGCCAGGUAAGCGCAGGACCCCUUCCUUAUGUCCCUAACAAUGCUUCAGUUCUGGUCUGACCGCCGUGCGGUGCGAACUGGCUUGUCACGCCAUCUGUGAAGUUACCUCUUAACGAAACCCCGUCGGCAUGGAGCCCGCUUCCGUUGAAGAGCAGCGCGUCGUAAUCAAGUUUCUCUCGAAACUCGGCAAGAAUGGCCGUGAAAUUUUUGCCGAUCUAAUUCGAUAAGACAUCCGGGGAACCACGAACAAAAAAAUCAAGAAAAUCCCGCUCAAAUGUCAAGACAAUGUUGAUUGUUUUUUUCGAUGUUCGGGGGAUUGUCCAUCAAGAAUUCGUCCCUCCAGGCCAGACAGUUGAUGGAAAAUUCUACGUCGAUGUGCUCAGACGCCUCAAAGCUCGUGUGGCACGAGUUCGUCCAGAAUUGGCGCGAGAGGGGCGUUGGAUUCUUCACCACGACAAUGCCCCUGCCCACACCUCUCUUGUUGUCCGUGAGUUUUUGAGUAAAAAUUCCAUUACGGUGACCGAACACCCCCCUAUUCGCCGGAUUUGGCCCCGUGUGACUUCUUCUUGUUCCCAAAAACCAAAUUGGUACUUCGGGGGCGGCAUUUGGGGGACAUAAAUGAGAUAAAGCUACGACGGGGCAGCUGAGAAACCUACAACCAGAGGACUUUCAAGGAGCCUUCUCACAGUGGAAACGGCGUUGGCACAAGUGCAUUAUGUCACAGGGGGAGUACUUUGAAGGGGAUAACAUUGAUUUACCUGAAUAAUUGUAAAAUAAAAUUUUUAAAAAACUUUUAUACGUACUUUCCGGACAAACCUCGUAUUAGCAAAAUAACUGCCCAGAACUUUUUAACAUUCCAAAACCUAAGUACAAUGUGUAUCUACAACAGUUUUUUAACUUUUACAAUGUUUUUAAUGUAGUUAAAAUUGUAAGACGGUCGUGUUAAUUUAUUAUAGUCAAUUUUGAGCCUGUACAAUUUUACACGGAUGAAAUAAAUUAUUUCCAAUUUUA